AUGACCGGCUCUCGCGCUACCAACAACGCGAAGCUCGUGAAGCGCCAUCAGCGGCGGCAGUCGAACGCACUCGCCAAGUCCUCGGCGAAUAAAUUCACGCUUCGGCAGAGCCAGUUCGAGCGGCAGCGUGAGGAGGCGCAAGUGCGAGCGCAGCAGCAGGCGGAUGCGUCAUGGAGCACGAGCCGCGCAGUUGGGGAUGGCCUCCUGUCACGAAGCGGCCACGAGAGGGGCGCCGGUGGUUACACUGCACCUGAGAUGGAAGUGUGCGACACCCCCAACCCCUUCGCACGCGGUUGCAGUGCCCCUGCAAGCGGGACCUUCUUGACCACGACUCGGAGUGCCACCAUGGGGCUCGAAAAGAUGCAGGCGCACUCCACGCGCACCACCCGCCGCAUCGACCGCUUCAACCUGACCACCAGUGCCGACUCGCAAGCGGCGCCGUCACCAUCCUCGCUCAUGGGUGUGCGGCGGGUGCGGGAGGGCGAGGGGAGUGGUGUGGCCGGCUUUGCUGCCGAUGAUCGUGAGGAGGGUGACUUUUCGACCCCGUCAGCCAAGGUGAUGCGAGCGGAGCGCUUUCGCGAAAUGAUCUCGAACAGCAAAGGUCAGCGCGUGCAGCUGCAGCGCGAACGUGCGGAGCGUGACGCGACCACCGUGCAGCUCGAUGCUGAGAUCAACGACCUUCUCCACCUUCUGCCGAAGCGCAACAAGGUCAAGGAGCAGCAGGAGGCGUUCACCCAGUCGGGCACACCGGAGGUUCGCGCCCUGCUCGACUCGUACCGGCGCAACCACCAGGCGAAGUGCCUCACGCUGAAGUCCUCCGGCGCCUUCGAGGUCCGCCCGCUGGUGGAGGUGGCUCGCGGCACCACGACCCGAUCAGCGCCUUCUGCGCAGACAGCAGGUUCGACGGCACCAGAGAGCGCCACGGUGCGGGAUGCAGCACCAUCGUUUCUGGACGCUGCAGAUCGCGCGUUGCUGGCGCGCAUUCGAGCCGGCGCCGCGCGCUCGUCGGAGGACGACGUAAGCGCUCCUGCUUCCACAGAGGGCGCUUGCGUCGGGGCGCCAUCGAUGACGCGGCAGGCUGCUGCUGACGUCGCCGAGGCGCGCGCGAUGGCGAACUCCGGCGGCGGUGGCCGUCUGGUGAGCUGUGACGACUUCGACUUGAUGAUGCACACUUUUCAGAUGGACCCGCGCCGCGCGCACGCUGUUGAUCGCACGCUGACGGAGGAGGAGGAGGCCGCGAGGUCUGUGCAGCAGGCGUUGUUGAAGGAGGACCGGGAGCAGGUUCCGUCGCUGCAUCUGCAGGAGCGUGAUCAGAAACAGCUGACACGAGGGGAGUGGGUCGCCCAGGGCGGUGAUAUUGCCUUCCAUAUGGACGACGAUGCAGAGAACGCCGGGGCAAACGACGACAACGUAGAUAUCCCGUCCUCCUACGAAGGCGACAGCGAUGCCGGCGUCGACGGUGACGAAGCUGCGGUUGCGGCGGAGUCUGAGCUGGACGAGAAUGAGGAGGACGCGGCCGUGGAACGUGUCGGCGGCUCUGCCACACUCGAUCGACUUUUCGAGCAGCUGGAGCAGGUGGCGACGUCUGAGGCGGAGAACGCAACGUCACGGCCGCAGCGGCUGCACGCGCUGCUCGUGCAGCUGCACCGCUACGCUGCGCAUCACGUCGUGGAGGUGACGAAGGCGUUUCGGCUCGUCCUCGUCGAGGCGGAGCGUAGCUUUCUGCGAGGUACCCGCCGAGGCGGCAUGCGCCGGUCCCUGCUCGUGUACCUCUACGCCAUGUCGAAGAUCUUUCCGACGUCCGACUACCGCCACGCCGUGAUGACGCCGUUCCUUUUGUUCCUGUGCUCAGCCCUGAUGCAGAUGAAGCUGGACUCGCUCGAAGCGGUGCACAGCUACCUGGUCCUCGCUACCCUUCUUCUGCACUGCCUCAAGGCGGGGUCUGGACGGUUCUGCGCGGAGGUGGUAGUGGCAGCUCUUAACGUGCUGGCGCUGCAGCUACCUCGUGUGGUACUCGAACCAGCGCGAUACCAGGGCACCAUCCUGCCGAUGCCCCUGCUGGAGCGCACCGAGCAGGCCCUUCUGGUCUCCUCUGCGUCCGCUGCCACGCUGUCAGAGGGCGAUGACGCCACCUCGCAACGACCCCCUUACCAGGUGGGGCUGUUCGACACCACUCACUCACCAGAGCGCCUUCUGCUGUGCGCGUACCGCCUGCUGGAGGAGGUAUGCGACCUGCACCGCAGCACCCCAGCCUUCCCCGUCAUGUGCGCUCGACCCUUUCUAGCCCUGGACGCACUGCUGUUGCGGCCGCCGUCGUCGUCAGCGGUGUCGGCCUGGACGCCGUCUGCGGCCGUGCGUCUCGCUCAUGAGGUCCUCACGGUGAAGGUUAGGGACAUGACCAAGCACGUCGAGGCGCAUCGCACACCACUUGCGAUGCGCACGUUCCGGCCGCGGCCCCUGCGCCAGUUUGACCCGCUCCUCGCAGAGCGCGAGGAGAACGCCCUGAAGAACGAAGUCCGCCUCAUGAAGCGCGACAUGCGCGAAGAUAAGAAGCGGCUAAUACGCCACCUGACGGCUGAGGCCACCGUGCAGCGGCGGGGGCAGGAGAAGCGGCACGCCAUCGAUGACGCGCUGCGCGAGAAGCGUUACCACAACGUCAUGAGCCAGCUGCAGCAGCAGCAGCACUCGAUGAACGUUGUGGAGUCCUUAAAGGCACGCGCCAAGUCCAAGUCGCGCAAGGGCCUAAGCGGUGCGCCAACCACGUCCUCGUCCGCGGAGGCAGACAAGGAAUGA